AUGAGGAACUUGAACUUCGAUGGAGAUGAACCAUCGUCUGAUAUUUUCUAUGAUCCAUACACUCAAACAGAUGCACGGUUAAAAGAAGGAGACACGUUUCGUUCAAAGGAGGAAUGUAUCAUGGCCAUAAAAAGAUUUCAUAUGGCAAACAAUGUUGAUUUUAAAGUUGAUCGCACCAACGUUGAGAGGUAUAAAAUUAAGUGUAGAAACCCUGACUGUGGAUUCAAGUUGGGUGCAUCAUACCAGAAGAGAAGUGAUUCCUGGGUGAUAGGAGUUAUUUCCCAAGAUCACACGUGUGUUAACACAAAUGUUUCCCAAGAUCACCGUAAACUAAGUUAUGAUAUUAUAUGUCAAGAAAUCUUUCCCCUAGUAGACAAAGAUCCGUUAGUAAAGGUGAAAACGAUAAUCUCUCAUAUCGUUGCAACUUACAAUUACACUCCGUCUUAUAGAAAGACUUGGCUGGCGAAAACUAAAGCGAUCGAACUUGUGUAUGAAAAUUGGGAGGAUUCGUACAAACAACUCCCGCGUUUCUUAUUCGCGCUUCAAAUUUAUGCUCUUGGAACCGUUACUAUUUUAAAGACCCUUCCCGCGCAAUCUCCAGACGGAACGUGCCUUCAAGGAAAUGUGAUAUUCCAUAGGCUUUUCUGGGCUUUCCGCCCACGCGUUCAAGGAUUUGCGUAUUGCAAACCAAUUCUUCAAAUAGAUGGCACUUGGUUGUACGGAACAUAUAAGGGGACCUUGUUGAUGGCUGUGGCAUAA